UAAAGUGGUCCGUCACGGGUUGCAACUUGUUCUCUCCGGGGGCUUGUGUCCAGUUAACUGUACACUAGUUGUGGUCAGUUAUGUUUCUUGCAGGCACAGGAAAUGGGUGCUGCGGGGCUGGCCAGAGGUCAGGAUCUAGUAAUGGGUCCUGCAAUCCGCGAAAGUUUAGCGAGAAGAUAGCACUCCUCACCCAGCGACAAGCUGAGGACACCGCAGCCUUCCAGGAGGUUAUGAUGGACAUCACUUCCACCAGGAUUCAGGUCCAGAGAGCGCGCCAGGCUAGAAGCCUGGGCACCUAUUAUGGAGGCUCCCUUCCCAAUGUCAACCAGAUUGGGAGAAGCACUUCAGAUGCACAGUCCAGACAAUGGCUGGCCCACAAGACUUCACCAAUGGCAGAGUGGGUACAAGGAGAGGGGCGGCUCAGUUUUCCGGUCAGGCCAAACAGGAGACAUAUUGACAACUCUCCUUACCGCUCUGUUCACCCGUCUCCACAACUUGAACCCAGCUGGAGAAGGAACUGGUCUAUCAGCGCUCCAGUGGACAAAAGCCACUUGAUGCACCCUCCCUUAACAGCACUUAAUAGAACUAACUCAGACUCGGCCCUGCACACCAGUGUGAGGAACACCCACGCAGGGGACCAGCAGGCUUUAAUCUCACAGAACAGGCACAAUGGUUUUCCAUAUCCAGUGCCUCCAAUUGAGGAGAAUGUCCUUGAAGAGGGAAAACCAUUAAGGAAUACCAAAAAGCUUCCUGCACUUCCCACUGGAGUCAAAUCGCAUAACGUCCCUGGUAUAAACAUCCUGUCCUCGCCAGAUCAGCAGUUCAGGGCUCUCAAUGUCCCUUCCGCUCUCAAUGCAAGUGGCUCCUUGCCCGACCUCUCCAGCCUGCACCUCCCCUCCCCACAGCCAGUAGGCGUGGACUCACACAAACCCACUACCUGCAGCACUGGCCACCUACCUGGAACUCCUGCUCACCUUGAAGCCAGGGAUGAUGAAUUUCCCGUGCCAGGUUUGUCGUUGUCUCUCCAAGGCUCGUACAGUAACCCAUUGCUCCAGUCGUCCCACAGCAACCCCAAUAUUCAAUCCUCUCUCCGCAGCCACUCCCUUUCCAGCUCUCUAAACUCCACCUCCUUGAACUUGUCACUCAGCAACUCUUCCCUGCAGUCAUCCCCUAGCAACCGAUCCCUCCAGUCCUUCCUCAGCAGCUCUUCCCUAAGCGGCCUAUCCCUGCAAUCCGCAACUAGCCACUGUAGCUACAGCAGUGGGAUUGGCGGAUCUCGCUCUUGCUCCUCCUCUUCCCUAUCCUGCUCCCCACGUCCAACUAGCCAGACGCAGGUGCCUUCGUUAAGAAGGCGGACUCCCCUCAGCCCACUGGUCGUUCCCACUGGUGGAGAGUCUCGCUGGCUCCAAUCUAAACAGUUUUCACCUGUUGGGUCUCCAAAGUUAUCUUCUAUAACUCAGGGAGUUCUCCUGAACACCAACCAAUUAACAAAGGAGUCAAGGCCACCAGGGUAUCCUCACUGCCAACCUCAUCCCGAGGGUACUCCAGCAGCUCAGCAGCAUUCUCUAACAGAGGGGCAGCAGCAAACCAGCCAGGAACCGAAAAAAACACCACCACACCAAGAGAAAUCCAGACAACAACAACAAGACCAACAACACCCACAGCUACAGCUCCCACAGACACACAAUCUCCAACAACUGCAAUAUCACCAUCGACAACAGUACCAACACCCAAAUCAACUAUAUCAAUGCCAGAUUCAGCAUGUCCAGACAGAAAGUCAGGACCUGGACAUAAAACAGCAAUCUCAAAGAGGGUCAAACCAUUGUGAGAACCCACAGCAACAACACCUACAUCAAUCACAAGAGGAACAGCAUCAAAGACAACAGCAAAAACAACAGAAACAAGUGUACCAAAACCUUCCACAGCACCAGCUAGAGAAGCAAAGGCAACAAUACCAGCAACACCCACACCAGCAGUACCCACAUCAGCAACAUUAUCAACAACAAGCGUACCAAAGACAACCUCAGCAAAACCGAGCACUUCGACAAGAUGAGCUGCUACAGCAGCAACAUCAGCUCCAGCAGGUUCAACUCUACCAACAGCAGCAGCAGAAAAAUGGCAACCAGCAGCAGCAGCAACAGCAGCAUGUGCAACAUCAGUGGAAUCUCCAGUGUGCAUACCCGCCAGCUCAGAGCCUUGACUUGAAUGGGCAGAACAUGUCAAACCCACAAAAAGUACCAACGAUGCAGAUGACUCGUAAGCAUCAGACCCAAGCCCAGGGAAGGAGCUGGGCACAUCAGAAGGUGCAAGGUCAGAAGGACCAGAUUGAGUCGACCAAAAUCUUCUCACAGAUGAACUCCUUAAUGGAUAACAAUCCAGGCCUUUACAAUGACACUUUCAUACUGAAUCAUUUACAGCAGGAGUCCUACAUGGGCCUACACCUCACACCACGCCAGACUCAGGCACUCUCCCAGCAGCUGGGACAGCUCAGUAAGGAGCCUCUCUGGGGAGAUUCUGGGCCUCAGUCUGUGGAUGGGAAAGAUGAAGGGGUUUACUGUGGGAACCAGGGUCCUCAGAUGUCCGUCCACUGCCAGAACCAAACCAGUGCGGACUGCCAUAACAUCCUUAUGACAGACAAAGCAGCCUAUGAGGAUUUCUCUGGUGUUCUGCCCAUGCUGGGAUUUGAUGUAGACUCCGAUGUAGACUCCUUCACCCUGCAUAACCCCCUUCAGAUCGAUCCCCUAGACCUGGAGGAGCUUAACAUGCUGGCAGAUGGAGACAUGGUCGAGGACACUGUGAAAGGACACUGCUCUAACCUACUUAGGUGACCGGGGUAGUUGGAUGUAUCCAGGAACACUACUUUCAACUAAAAUGGCUGUCUUGGUAUCGUCUGAUGGCAGCAAUGUCAGUUGUAGUUGGCUGUAGUGUAUCUAUCUGUCCCGGGAUCUCUCACUGCUGGACAUAAUUUGAUUGGACAUUAAUGUUAUCUUACAGCAUCCUCAUGUGAUUGGCCAGGUCAUGGGAUUUAACAAGCAUGUAACUAUACAUCGACUGCCUCACAUGAGACUAGUUAGCUGACUGCACUUUUUCUUAGUUGUCAUU